AUAGAUGGAUAUAGCGUAUGGUAUAUGCUUGCCCGACAACGCCUUCAUUCGUCGCUCUCAAACGCCUCUCGUGUCCCGAACGCAAGCGCAAGCCCAAAUCGGCCAAAGAAUCCCAUCGAAUUGCACUUGGGGUUUCGGAGUGGCAUUGCUAUGCGAUGGACGAUGGAGUCUCUCCAACACAGAGUGGAGACAUGGAUCCGGGACCAAAGCACGAAGAUCUUGAAGGUCGCGUGGUCGCCUCGUUGGCCCUGGGCCAACGCCAGGCAGCAGAGGAAGCGGAUUCAGCAACAGUACGAGCGCAGGAAGAAGCAGCUUCAUGACCUUUGCUGCGCGCUCAAGGCCGAGUCCGUCUCCGAUUUGCAGGACAUUCUCUGUUGCAUGGUGCUCUCCGAGUGUGUUUACAAGAGACCUGCUUCUGAGAUGCUUAGAGCUGUGAACAAAUUUAAAUCAGAUUUUGGAGGGCAAGUUGUUUCAUUAGAGCGGGUACAGCCUUCUUCAGAUCAUGUUCCUCACAGAUAUCUGUUAGCAGAAGCAGGGGACACAUUAUUUGCCUCCUUCAUUGGGACCAAGCAGUACAAGGAUGUCAUGGCUGAUGCAAACAUACUUCAAGGUGCCAUAUUUCAUGAGGAUGCUAUAGAAGAUAAUUGUGGGAUUUCAACCACUGAAUCUACCCAAGUUGACAGUCGAAAGAUUAAUGUAGAGAAUCCUUCAAGGUCCCUUGAAGAAAAGCCUAGACAAUCAAAACCAAUACCUAAACCUGCUGUUCAUCGAGGAUUCAUGGCUCGUGCUAAAGGGAUACCAGCACUGGAGUUAUACAGACUUGCUCAAAAAAAGAAACGGAAGCUUGUGUUAUGUGGACAUUCACUUGGUGGAGCAGUUGCAGCCCUGGCUACCCUUGCCAUUUUGAGGGUUAUUGCUGCAUCAUCAUCAUUAAAAGACAAUGAAAAAGUUCAAGUCAAGUGUAUCACAUUCUCCCAGCCACCGGUUGGAAAUGCUGCUUUACGGGAUUAUGUUAACGGAAAAGGCUGGCACCAUUACUUCAAAACUUACUGUAUUCCAGAAGAUCUGGUCCCUCGCAUCCUGUCUCCUGCUUAUUUUCAUCAUUAUAAUGCACAAACCGCUCAAAUCAUUCUUGAUGCCAUGACUAGCAGUUCAUCAAUGUCAAAACAUGAGGAAGGAGUGAAGAAACAAAAACUAGAAAAGGUAAAAGAGAAUGAAGGUGAACAGCUAGUUCUGGGUUUAGGCCCUGUACAGACUUCCUUUUGGAGACUUUUUAGGCUAGUCCCACUGGAGGGUGUCAGAAGGCAAUUCAAUAAAUACAAAGGGAAAAAAGUUGAUCCUAUUGAGGCAUCUUCUACUGCAGAUUCUUCUUUAACAUCUCCAUUUGAUGUAGUAGCUGCACCACAGUGUCUUGAAAUUCAGGAAAGUUCUGAAGGAGUUUCUCUCAAGCCAUUACCUGAGACAGGAAAAGGGCCUCAAGGUGAAGCAAGAGAUUCAAAGUCACCUGGAAAACUCAGCAAAGAUAGCAAGGGUAAUGAUAAGGCAUGGCGUAGAGUGCCUUAUUUACCUUCUUAUGUCCCUUUUGGCCAGCUCUACCUUUUGGGAAAUUCAUCAGUGGAGUCGCUAUCUGGUGCAGAGUACUCAAAGUUGACAUCGGUUAGAUCUGUGAUUGCAGAAGUAAGGGAACUAUUUCAGUCACACUCGAUGAAAUCAUACAGGUCUAGAUUUCAAAGAAUAUAUGAUCUCUGCAUGACUGAUGAUGCUUUACCAUUCUUGGGGGUUGACCAACUUCAACAAUUUCCUCAUUUACAAAAGUGGCUAGGUCCUUCAUUUGCUGGUACAGUUGAGCUUGGCCAUAUAGUGGAGUCUCCAGUUAUUCGUGCAGCCACUUCUGUUGUUCCUCUAGGAUGGAAAGGCGUUCCUGGCGCAAAGAAUGGUGAACCUCUGAAAGUAGAUAUUACUGGAUUUGGAUUACAUCUUUGUACACUGGUUCAAGCUCGUGUUAACGGUAACUGGUGCUCAACAACAGUAGAGUCUUUUCCCUCAUCACCAACAAGCUCUUUGGAUGGUGGAGUGGAGUCAUGUAUACAAAAGAUACGAGUGCUAGUUGGACCUCCAUUGAGGCGACCACCAAGACAUCAGAAUACAGCAGAUCCAUUACUGCCUGUAUUUCCUUCUAUUGAUUCAAAUUCUGAUGACCUUGAAGUGGAACAAAAUAUCCGUGCCUUUCAGAAGGAAAAAUGCACCUGUCCUGAAGGUUUGAGUGAUUUUUCUGUAUUUUGCACAAGUGACUUCUCUACUGUCUCCAAGGAAGUUCACAUAAGAACCCGCAGGGUGCGAUUAGUUGGCCUAGAGGGUGCUGGUAAAACUUCUCUUCUUAAGGCAAUUCUGGGUCAAGACAGACUUAUUGCUUCUGCUAAUAUUGAACAUUUGCACAUGGAUGCUGAGGUUCAGGAAGGUAUUUCUGGUGGUUUGUGCUACUCAGAUUCAAGUGGAAUAAAUUUGCAGGACCUGCAUAAGGAAGCCUUGCAUUUCAAGGAUGAGCUUUGGCGGGGAAUCCGUGAUCUUACUAACAAAACAGACCUGAUUAUUCUUGUGCAUAACCUGUCCCACAGAAUACCUCGGUACAGUGACCCAAAUGCAUCACGGAAGCAGCCAGCCCUCUCACUUCUGCUGGAUGAAGCUAAGGCCCUUGGAAUCCCUUGGGUUCUUGCCAUAACAAACAAAUUCUCAGUCAGCGCCCACCAGCAGAAGGCAGCCAUAGAUACUGUUCUGCAGGCAUAUCAAGCAUCUCCAAGCACAACUGAAGUCAUUAAUUCCUGUCCGUAUGUUAUGCCCAGUGCUGCAGGUACUUCUCUGUCUGGGGAUGCCCGAGAUGCAAAUUCUGAUGGUUGGGGUCCUCAAAGGCUUGUUCUUUAUCCUAUAAAUAUUGUCCGGAGGCCUUUCCAGAAGAAAGCUGUCAUUCUCCCCGUGGAGGGUGUCACUGCUCUCCGUCAGCUAGUCCAUCAUGUGCUUCGGAGCCAUGAGGAGGCUGCCAUGCAGGAACUUGCAAGAGAGAGACUACUAGUGGAAUUUGCACGCGAGCGUGCGCUGGUUGAAGCUCGAGAUUCUCAGACCAAGGCAAACUCUUCAACUGCGGCAGCCUUGGGUGCUUCUCUUGGAGCUGGACUUGGGAUUGUGUUAGCCGUUGUCAUGGGUGCAGCAUCUGCCCUCAGGAAACCUUCAUAAUCUCAGUUUUGAUCCUCCGCUGUCGGGGGCAUAGCAUCCAUUACAUUAUUAGUCUAUACGUUAGUUUUGUUCUAAACCAUGACAGUUCGGUCCUAUUUGUUUAUGUUGGUUUUUCAUUUUAUUAGAUUAUUUUAUGUACUAUUUAUUCAUUAUGUUAAUAAGACCUUAAUCGAAGGCCAAGAAACAUUGGCCUAGUUUUCAUAGUGUC